AUGACUAGUGCUACUGUAAAUCGUGAAGUUCUUCCAACGAAUGUAACUCCAUUGCAUUAUGACCUUCAAAUUGAACCUGAUUUCAAGGAUUUCAAAUUUGAUGGGUUGGCAAAGAUUGAUUUGAAGAUCAACGAUGAAAAUACCGACUUUAUUAAAUUGAACACGUUAGAAAUUGAUAUUCACUCUGUCAAACUUGCUAAAGAUAUUAAGCCUUCAAGUAUUGAAUACAAUAAAGAGGACCAAAUCAGCGAAUUUUAUUUCCCAAAGGGGACUAUGGCAAAAUUAGCAGGUUCAGCUACUUUGGAAAUUAAGUUUACCGGUAUUCUAAAUGAUCAAAUGGCUGGUUUCUACAGAGCUAAAUAUGUUGAUAAGCUAACGGGAGAAACUAAAUAUAUGGCUACCACUCAAAUGGAACCUACUGACGCAAGAAGAGCAUUCCCAUGUUUUGAUGAACCAAGUUUAAAAGCUACCUACGCUAUCACUUUGAUAUCUGAUCCAACAUUGACACACUUAUCUAACAUGGAUGUGAAGAGCGAAAAUGUCGUUGAUGGGAAGAAGGUAACCUCUUUCAAUACCACACCAAAGAUGUCCACCUAUUUAGUGGCAUUCAUCGUCGCUGAUUUGAAAUAUGUUGAGUGUAAAGAUUUUAGAAUUCCCGUGAGAGUGUAUGCCACUCCAGGUAAUGAAAAGGAUGGUCAAUUUGCCGCUGAUUUAACUGCUAAAACAUUGAAUUUCUUUGAAAAGACAUUUGGUAUUCAAUACCCAUUACCCAAAAUGGACAAUGUUGCUGUUCAUGAAUUCUCAGCAGGAGCAAUGGAAAAUUGGGGGUUAGUUACAUAUAGAGUCGUUGAUGUCUUAUUAGACAAGGAAAACUCAACUUUGGAUCGUAUUGAAAGAGUUGCCGAAGUUGUUCAACAUGAAUUGGCUCAUCAAUGGUUCGGUAACUUAGUUACCAUGGAUUGGUGGGAAGGUUUAUGGUUGAAUGAAGGUUUUGCAACGUGGAUGUCCUGGUACUCUUGUAACAAGUUUGAACCUGAAUGGAAUGUUUGGCAAGAAUAUGUCACUGACACAUUACAACAUGCUUUGGCGUUAGAUUCGUUAAGAUCAUCUCAUCCAGUGGAGGUGCCAGUCAAGAAGGCAGAUGAAAUCAAUCAAAUUUUCGACGCUAUUUCAUACUCUAAGGGGGCUUCCUUGUUGAGAAUGAUUUCCAAAUGGUUAGGUGAAGACGUAUUCAUUAAAGGGGUUUCUCAAUAUUUAACUAAAUUCAAGUAUGGAAACGCUAAGACAGAAGAUUUAUGGGAGGCUUUGUCUGUUGCAUCAGGGAAAGACGUUUCUGCCGUGAUGAAUAUUUGGACUAAAAAAGUAGGGUUCCCUGUAAUUACCGUUAAAGAAGAUGGCAAUAAGAUUACCUUGACUCAAAAUCGUUAUUUAUCUACUGGUGAUGUAAAGGCAGAAGAGGAUGAAACCUUAUACCCUGUAUUUUUAGCUAUUAAGAGCAAAGAUGGAGUUGAUAAUUCAUUGACUCUAAACGAGAAAACUAAGACGGUUGAAUUGAAGGAUUCUGAAUUUUUCAAAUUGAACAGUGAACAAUCUGGUAUUUACAUUACAUCCUACACUGAUGAAAGGUGGGCUAAAUUCGGUAAACAAUCUGAGUUAUUAUCUGUGGAAGAUCGUAUUGGGUUAGUCGCUGACGCAAAAUCACUUGCUUCAUCUGGUUAUACAUCUACUACUAAUUUCUUAAAUUUAGUAGCCAACUGGAACAAGGAAGAAUCAUUUGUUGUAUUGGAACAAAUUUUAAACAGUAUCGGUUCUUUGAAGGCAACGUGGGCUUUCGAACCUGAAGAAGUCAGAGAUGCUUUAAACACCUUUACAAGAGGCUUGGUUUCUAAAAGAGCUCAUGAAUUGGGAUAUCAAUUCUCAAACUCUGACUCGUUUGCUACUCAACGUAUGAAGGUUGCUCUAUUUGGGGCUGCAUGCAGUUCAAGAGACCCUAUUGUUGAAAAGGCCGCUUUAGAUAUGUUUGCCAAAUAUGUUGAAGGUGACAAGAAGGCAAUUCCAGCUUUGAUCAAACCAAUUGUUUUUAAUGCUGUAGCUAGAGCUGGUAAACCAGAAGACUAUGAAAGACUUUUCAAUAUUUAUAAGAAUCCAAUCAAUAAUGAUGAAAAAUUGGCAGCUUUGAGGACGUUAGGUAGAUUUAAAGAUUCCAAACUAUUAGAAAGAACGCUAAGUUAUUUGUUGGAUGGCACUGUAUUAAAUCAAGAUAUUUAUAUUCCUAUGCAAGGAAUGAGGUCUCACAAGGAGGGUAUUGAAGCGUUAUGGGGAUGGUUACAAAAGAACUGGGAUGAGGUCUCUAAGAGACUACCACCCGGUUUAUCAAUGCUGGGUUCCGUUGUGGUUAUCUGUACCUCAGGUUUCACCUCUUUUAAGUCUAUUGAUGAAAUCAAGAAAUUCUUUAAUACAAAGUCUACUAAGGGUUUUGACCAAAACUUAGCCCAAUCAUUAGAUACUAUUACAUCAAAGGCUCAAUGGUUAAAUAGAGACCGUGAUUUGGUGAAGGAUUAUUUGAAAAAGAAUGGAUAUUCCAAAUAA